CGAUAACUCAGCUUUAGUGUGAACGUAUUUUGCAGAGCAAGCACGGCGCAAUCAAUUUUUGACAAUCUAAUUUUGGACUUUACCCGAAAUUCGAAUCAUGAGUUAUUACUACGACUCCUCAUCGUCCUCGUCCUUUUCCUCUUCCUCUUAUGAUUCGUAUUCCGACAACGUAUCAGACGAUGAAUCCAGCGAAGAGGAGAUGUCAUUUGGUGAGGGAAUUCAAAUUGCUUUGAUCAAUAUACAAUGGACACCUCAAGAGCUAAAGAUUAUGACAACAGAUGCGCAGAUAAUACAGAACAUAAUCAUGAAAACGCUCUGUGAUCAUAAUCCGGAUUUCAAGAAAGCAUUUGGAGGACUCAGCUCGGCUGACAGCUUUCUGGAUGAUAUUCAGUUCUCGUUACCCGACAAAUACGAUCUCAAUAUUGAAUUAAGGCUGCCUUUGUUCCUUCAGGCUGUUUGUGCCUACGAUUAUUCCGGUUUCGUUUUUCUACAUGUCAUUGGUGGAGAUUAUGGCCAUCGCUGCGUCCAAAAAUAUAAUGGAAAUUACUACAUCAAUCGCCUUCAAUUGCAGAAGUGGUUAACAAAUUGUUUAUCCAAAGUGAUGUAUCAACUUGCUUUUGUCAAUGUCAGCCGAAGACGCGCCUAUAGCUUAAAAUAUAUUCCACGUGGUGACGAACAUAGAUUCGAGGCCAUCGAGACAUCUGGAAAUGGACGCCGUUUAUGUUUUAAUUUUGUGCCCUCCAUUAAAUUUGCAGCCAAUCAAUGGCCUCGGGGAUUGGAUAAAGUGCCAAAUAAAAAUCUAGACUGGUAUGCAAAGCCACGAAACUAUGAUAAAGCAAACUGUCAGAAUGAUAGUCGUUCAUUCAUCAUAUCAGCUCCGCAUUGGGAGAAUUUGGCACUGUAUAAUAAAAAAAAUCUCAAGAAUUCGUUGCGUCUGAUGAAAGCUUUUCGUCAAGCCAAUGAAAUGCAUGGCCAAGUAAAUUACAUGAUCAAGUUAAUCUAUCUAAAUGAAAUCAAUAAGAAGCCUGAAUCCUAUUGGUCACAGUCGCCAGGAGAGCUAUUGAUAUGCAUGAUGAAUAAACUAAUUAUUGGUUUGCUGAAAAAUUACAUACCCUUCUAUUUGGAUCCAUCGCAUAAUUGGCUCGACCAACUCAAGGAGUCCGACAGGCGUCAAUAUUUACGCAAAACCAGUCGAUGCUUGAACAAACUUAAACGUCGUCAAAAUGCCAACUAUUUAACCGAUGAAGAUCUUGAUGAAUUUUUUGGUGUUUAACUCACUCUUUCCUUUUUUUUCAUAAAAACUUGUAAUGAUAUUUUUGUAUACCGAACUACAAUUUACAUAUACAUAUGCACUUUUCAUUUAAA